CACGUUAGUAGCUAGGGCAAAUAUAAUAAGUGUAUAAUAUUGUUUAAUCUAUGAGCUAGGGUACCUACCGUACCUACUUUCUGCACUGCAAGUCAAUUUCACCAUAAUUGCGGUAUCAAAUUGAAGAAGUACGACUUCUGUACAUAAAUAGUAGAAAGAAAUAGAAGACUGUAUCGGUCAAAAGUUUCACGCUAAGUUGAAAACCAAAUUGUAUUUCUCGUGUUUCGUGUAAAUAUUUAAUACCUAUGUUAGUGUUUCUCUUAAAAUAACAAGUGCUUCCUAUAUUUGUUUCGGAACGAACCUAUUUACAUUCGUGGAACUGAAACCAAAACAAGUACCUACCUGGUACUAAACUUAAUCUGAGGGCACUUAGGCAAAUAGCACUUCUUAAAAGUACUUUUUCGUAAGUUUUGCUGAUCUUUGUGAAUUAGAAAAUAACAUUAAAACAUUAAUAAAUAAAAUGUCGCGAGAUAAAAGCGUGUGGUUUGCCGAAGAAAUAUUAUUAGAUGCUAAAUUGAUAAACUUUCAAUUGGAGUCAGGUGAAUGGGAUGCCGUUGAGGAGAUGCUCCGAGCGGAAGCCCAACUUUCACGGGACGUAGAGACUGGAAGGCUAAGACCUAAAAAAGCCUCAGAAUACACUUUAAGACUCAUCGCUGAAGUUCUACAUAUUAUGCAUUUGGAUGUGGAGCAAGCUACUCACAAUCGUAGCACAAUAGCGGUAGCUGAACAGUGCUUACGUCUUGUGCGGUCGUGUGCCGCAGCUGGAACUAAAAUGCAAACUUACAUAUCUAAAGAACUGUCAAUAUUGGAUUCAAUGCUGGUAUUAGCCACAGAGUACCAACAUCCACGUGUUGAUUUUUUAAAUGAAGAACUACAAAAAUGCAUGACUGUUCUUGUACAGACACUAGGCAACCUUGUUGUCAAUAAUCCAUUCAACCAAAUAAUGAUAUGGAACAAAUUUGAUGCUGUGAUACUGAACUGUUUGGUGGGGCCAAAUGAUAAAAUAGCAACAGCAGCAGCCAUGAUAGUGUACAACAUACUAUUAGGUCAACCAAACCUUUUGCCUGAUGAUGUUUUUUUAUUGAAUUCCUUAGCAUACAUGUAUAAUAAUGGCAAUGCAGAAUAUCCGCAUUUGAUUAUAGAAUACCUGAUUGGUGUUGAAAACACAUAUAUAGAAAAGUUAUAUUCAAAACUAGAACCCGAGUGUCGAAUGCUAGUUCUGAAUCUAGCCUACAAUAUUUUAAUGGCCACAGAUUCUCAAGAUAUUAAUGUAUCUGUUAAUUUCGUAAAGUUUAUGGCUCACGAGUUCAAAAGCAAGUCUGAUUGUAUAUUGAAGACCGUUGAUAAAUAUGUUAAUACAAUAGAACCACAAGAGGUCGUUUUUUUGCUUGAAAUUAUUGCAACGGCAUCCAGUAUGGAUGCCUACAUGGACUGUUUGCAGAGCGAUACUUCUUUAUUUAUUAAUUGUGCAUUCCUUCUUCGAGCAAUACACAAACUUGGCAAAGAGAGUGAAAAUUUCUUUUCAUCUUUAAAUAAACUAUACGAAACAACAGGAAAGCAUCUAAUUAAUGAUGAAAACAUGAUUGAUAACACCAGCAUUCAAACAGAGAAUCCAUUAACGAAAAAUGAUUCAGCCGAAAACAUGCUAUCUUGCAAUGAAACAACUUCAGAAUGCACGGAAUCUGAGAGUAGUGAGCAGUACUUUGAAUGCAGUGAAAUACCUCCUUUCCCUGACAGGAUAGAAAUAUCUCCGGAACAACCACUGAGAUAUGUUGAAUCUGCUCCGGAAAUCAAGAGCACUAGAAGCAACUCAGUCAAGAUUGAAUCAGAUAUGUCUAGAAUUGCAUACAAAAGAAGUAGCUCUGUACCUAAAAAUGAUGAUAAAAUGUCAUUACCAACCAGACGUAUCAGUCUCGAACAUAAAAUCGAUAUGGGUGAUGAUACAGAGCCACCGUUGAUCAUAGAUUCUACUUCUCCAGACGGUAGCAUGAACACUAUAGCUGAGGUCAUACCAGUGGCCCUACAACCCAGACUAGACAUACAACCGAGCAGUACAACUGAUUCCCAAGAUAGUUCACCGAAUGACCCACCAACAGAGAUUCAUAUGCCAAAGGAUGAAGUGCAAUGCGAAGUUAAGGCUUCCCCGAGCGAAAUCUCACCGCCUCUAGCUGAUGUGGCUCAAGAUCCUGACUCCCAAAAACAGUCACCCGAUACUCCGAAAGAGAUAAAGAAAAGUCAGAAUCUAUCUACAGAUUUCGAUCUCAGUGAGCAGUUACAGAAAAUAUUAGGUAUUUCAUCAGAGAAAACUAGAGGUGAAUCAAAUGCGGAGAAAAAGAGCGAGCCAGUUAAAGAAGUGAAGAUUUCUGAAGAGAAUGUUGCGACUAAAGUACCUUCCGUGAAAAUUGAUUCGCCUGAAACACAAAAGACAAGGCUUGGCGCAGUCGACAUGACCACACCGAAGAAGACGGUAACUUGCGUGGAGACGGUCGAGAGACACGUCGCGUUUGGCUUCAAGGCGCGCCUGGUCAGGACUUUGGCGAAUUUGUGCUGGAAGAACCAGGAGAACAAAAAACAGAUGCGAGACUUGGACGUUAUUCCCGUGCUAUUGGACUGUUGCAAUAUCGACGCUCGCAAUCCUCUUAUAAUGCAAUGGGUCAUAUUCGCCAUCCGCACGUUGUGUGAAAACUGUCCGGAAAAUCAGGAAGUUAUCGCAAAGACUACACUCCAAGGUCCAGUUGACAAUGAAGUACUCCAAGAAAUGGGUUUGACGCUUUCCACCGACUCACAAAACAAUUCUUUGAAGAUAAUGCCUUUGCCACGAGUGUAAAUCGGGCCAAUCAUUACUUAAAGUCACAAUGUAUCGUGAUUUUGUGUGUUUACAUAAAAGCUAAACAAGAUUCUCUUGUGUUGUGAUAUGUAUCUAUUGGAAAUAAAUCAUAAUUUUAUGUUAUAAACAUAA